AAUCAUAUUAUCACUUUUCUCCCUUCCCCCCUCUCCCUCGCCCCCCGUCAACCACGCUUCGCCGCCGUCCCAUCCUGUCCUCUCGGCGUCCGCUCCGUCCAGCUCUUCUCCUUGUCCCAAUUCCCCCUUUCUUGCAGAGAGCACGUCCUGUCACCACCACUAGCAGUAGUUAGUAACCGGCGGGUCGCCGCAGCAGCAUCAGCACCCUCGCCGUCGAUGGCUGCAGCUGGGUCUUUUUCCUUUCUUUCUAUCUCUCCACUCCGCCAACCAUUGCCUUAGCUUCUGCAUCCGCCAUCGCCUAAUUCUUUUUUAGUCCCAAUUUGUUCUCCAUCCUCCUAACUUAAGACCCCUGCCGCCAGCACUGGGUCAUGUGUUGAUGGCUCUUGUCCUGAACUCUUCUCCUUUCAAACCACUUCUCUUCCACCCAACAAGGCUCCAAUCCUCGGCCGCCGCUCCUCAGUGCUAAACCUUCCGUUCCCACCUUGCCCACUUCCUGAGGGACUGCUCCCCAGACCUCACUUCCGACUUCCACCGUCCGUGUGCCACUCUUUGGAAGCUCCAUCCACCGAAUUUUGGGGAUCCCAAACGUGAGCCCCAGACGCCUUUUCACCCCCGCCAAUUCUCUGAAUACACCGCUGUGGUCCCCUCAAAUCUCAAUCUCUCUCCCCCUCUGUCUGUCUGUCUGGCUAUCAGUUCUUCGGCUGCCUUUGUCUUUACUCUCUCUCUCUCUCUCUUCCCCCCCCUCUUUUCCUGUCCUAGCGAACCUUGCCCCUUGUCCAUUGCAGAAGCGUAGUGACGACAGUUAUCCGCUGUGCCACUACAUCCUUUACUUCUGGCACAUGUCAAAGCCGCGUCACGGUUUCUUACGCUUACCGCUCCGAUUGCUUCUUUAGACCUUUCCUUGAAACACCUGAUUUUCCGGCCUUUGCUUUCGCCAAAGUCGCUGAUAACGAACCUACGCUUCCCACGAAAGCUCAGUGCUACGCUCGUCUCACCAGUUUGAUUCGGAUUUUUCUCAGAAAUUCUUAAGUGCUGCACGAGAGUUGCCAAUCAGGUAAUGCAGACGCGACGACGCGGCCACUAGUACCAUUUGAAAACAAAUAAAGUUGCCGGCGAGGUGAAGAUGGGGAACACUCAGACAAAGCAAGCUUCAUGCGAUGAUGCAGUGAACCUGAACCACUUCCGCCUGUUAAGGGUUGUUGGGAAGGGCGCCUUUGGGAAAGUUCGAAUUGUUGAGCGCAAAGACACAGGCUUAACGUUUGCUCUGAAAUAUAUCCGGAAAGAUGAAGUUGUCCGAUCCGAAAGUGUCCGCAACAUCAUACGAGAGCGACGGAUGCUAGAACAUCUAAACCAUCCAUUUCUGUGCAACUUGAGAUACAGCUUUCAAGAUAUCGAGUACAUAUACCUAGUAGUAGAUCUCAUGAACGGCGGUGAUCUUCGAUUCCACAUCUCGAGAAAGUGCUUUACAGAAGAAGCUAUCCGAUUCUGGAUUUCAGAACUAGCCUGUGCUCUGCGCUACAUUCAUGGCCAGGGAAUCGUUCAUCGAGAUUUAAAACCAGAUAAUGUAUUGCUUGAUUCCAAAGGCCAUGUCCAUCUGGCAGACUUUAAUGUUGCGUCCGAUUUUAAACCCACCAGACCUUUGACCAGCAAAUCAGGUACUCUUGCAUAUCUAGCGCCAGAAGUCUUUGACGGCUCUGGUUACCUCAGCGAAGUGGAUUGGUGGUCACUUGGUGUGACAUUCUACGAGUGCAUUUACAGCAAGCGACCUUUUGAUGGCCGAAAUCACCAUCAACUCGGCGAAUGUAUCAUGCGUGCACAACCCAAGUACUUCGUAACGAACCCUCCUGUCACCGUUCCAUGCUUACACGCCAUGGGAGCCCUGAUGGAAAAAGAUCGAUCCAGACGAAUCGGAGCUGUUUCAUUCGAAUCUUUCACCACCCAUCCUUUCUUUGCUGACAUAGAUUUCGACGCCCUGGAGAGACAAGAGAUAAGCCCCAUUUUUGUCCCUUCGAGCGAUAAAACUAAUUUUGACGCCACGUAUGACCUUGAAGAAUUAUUAUUGGAAGAAGCACCCUUGGAAGCGAGAGCUCGGCGACAAAAGCCCCGAGCGGAGCUCAAGGAGGAUGCGACACCCAAGGAGAUUCGAGAAGAUGAACUUUACAGAAUAAUAGAGACGAUGUUCGAACCAUUCGAUUACACGCUGGUGAAGUAUGAGGGAACUGCCGCUGCCGCCAUUGAGGCCUCAACUAAUCCCGAAGAACAACUUCCCCCUACCGUACCCCGUACAAACCCGGCACAUUCCCGACACCCUUCUCAAGCCCGCUCCGGUAGCGUUUCGCCGUCUCUAACCGAGAAAUCAUAUAAUCCAUCCAAUGCCUCCGACACAUACUCUCCGCUCGGCGAAACGAUACGGUCUAUAGCGUCAAAAGAAACCAACGGACAUAGCGGGAUUCAUUCAGCAUCACCACCUCCUCCACUUCAACGGCCACCUACAUCUCAACCACAGAACUACCAACCCCCAUCUCUUUACCAAAGGCACCCAGGUGUCACACGCAAAACGAGUAAGGGGGGUGGAGUGCAGAUGGUCUUGGGAGAAGCUGGUAGCUGGAGUACUCUCGCUGAUCACAGUGGUAUCAGUGAAGGAGCCAAAGGAAAACCUGCUGCGAAUGGCGGAAUGUUCUCGUUCCUGAAGGGAAAGAAAGGUCGAGAACGAAGUCCCAAACCCACAGAGCCAGGAGUACUAGGGAAAGAGGGGGCUAGGCAGAUUAUAAGCUGAUGCCGACCGGGUUCCUGGAUCUCGACUGUAUCGGAUGUAUGAACGUGGGACUCCAAUGAGAGACUCACAUUUCACCAAGACUACGUGCGAAUUUUUCGCGCGUCUCAACUAUAUUGUUACUCCACAGAUGACGCCGUACCCUGACGUAAGGCCGGCCACCCGAUACCGCUUCUACACUCCACUUGCUGCACACUCAUCCCUACAUCUUAUUGUUCACUGCUUCCCUACGCAAAAGAGCAACGUCUACUCCGUACAUCACGAGGUUAUGAAUUUUCUGGGGAGCACAAACAUCUUCCAUGUUCAUAUUUGGCAGAUGCGUUUUUGCAUGGAUUUGACAUAAAACAUUGGUUUUCUUUUAUCUCAUCAUUGGCAUGGAUUCGGUUGGUGGGAUGGCGGUGCACGUUUCGUUUUACUUUUCCUAUGCUGUUUAAUAGACGCUUCGUGGCAACUUGGGACCUUCUCGUUUCUUUCCCCCCCAAACUUUCUUGUUCUCUUCUGGGGUGCUUUGACACUUUUGCGUCACUCUUAUCCUCCUGGUGCGCCUUUUGUAUGCUUAUAGCGCUUGAUUAUACCCUGGUUCUGACAGCGAGGUUUUCAAUGCUCGUUUCCUUGAUGCUGAAAACGGGCUAGCUCUUCUCUUCUUUUCUUUUCUUUUCUUCUUUUCUUGACUUUACUUUGCAUCAGCUAUGCCUCAGCGCGCUAUCGAUGGUUAUUUGGAUUUACAGCAUGACGGACUUGUAUUCUUCUCCAAGUGGGUUUGAUUGGUUUGCGUUUGAUUUAAGAAUUAUCAGUACAUACAUCAUAUGUAAUUCAUCGACGUGUAUUAAUCCAAAC